AUGGCGGGGAAAAGCCCGAAGGCCCAAGAGUAUGUAACAGUGGACACACAAGAAGGCACCCUCAGGGGCCUCAUGACAGAGACGUACACAGGGAAGCCCAUGUUCAAGUUCGAAGGCGUCCCAUAUGCAAAACCACCCUCGAAAGAUCUUCGUUUCCAGUGGCAUUUUUUUGUAGGUUUCUUAAGCACUGGUGAUGAAGUCGUUCCUGGAAACAUGGGUCUAAAGGAUCAGACGGAGGCCCUUCGCUGGGUGCAGAGAAACAUCGCGGCGUUCGGCGGCGACCCGCAGCGGGAGACCUUACUUGGCCAAAGCGCCGGAGGAGCAUCCAUUCAGUACCACCUCAUGUCUCCACUGAGCAAAGCUAUCUCAGCUGAGUGGUACUUCAAUGAUAGUGUAAGUUUGUUCAGCUGCGUAUGGGCACCUAGUGUUGAACAAGAAAACGAUUCCGCAUUUUUGACUGAAGAGCCGCAGAAAAUUGUGGCUGAGGGUCGCUUCAAUAAAGAUCCCUACCUCGCAGGAGCACUUGACCUCGAGCAGCUGAGACAAACGCAGCGAAACGGAGUGUUAUCCACAGAGGAACAAGUGGGCAAUUUAAACGAGAACUUUGACACGAUCGUGGGUUGCGAUAUCAGACUUCCGACGAGGCAAGAGCAAUUGGACGCCGCUAAUUCUGUCAAACAGUCCUAUUACAGUGGCAGUGACAUCACCUUGGAGGACAGCUACACCACAGCACUGUUUGAUUCGCACCUCUUCUUCGUGGAAGGUGUCGACGCCAUGGUGAGAAGUGUGGCCCGCUACUCCACAGAGCCUGUCUACUACUACCUGUUCUCAUUCAACGGCCCUCUCAGCUCAUACCCUGGCGGUGCAGGAGCGGCGCAUGGAGAUGAUCUACAAUACCUGUUCGCGAGUAAUGAGGUGGAACCCGAUUCUCCUUCAGGCAUAAUCCAGGCUCAAAUGACAGAAAUGUGGGCUAACUUCGCCAAAUAUAGCGAUCCAACGCCGGAACAGAAAUCACUUCUAACACAGACGUGGAAAGAGUACGAUGAAUCGUCUCAGUUCUGCUUAGAGAUAACAUCACCUCUUAAAAACGGCACUAAUGUGUUUGGUCCGUAUAUGAAAUUCUGGCACGACCUGCUCCCUCUUAGUUAA